AGGCUUGUUUGAAUGCUGUAUGCACUCAAGACUUCAAUGUCUUAGCCAGUGAGCAUUUGUAUCAAUGCUUAAGGAGAAGUUAAACACUGCAGACCUCGAUGAUUUCUGCAUCAAAAGCUGCAGUUGCCCAUUGUCGGUUCAUCAAAUCAGCACAAAUUGGGUACACUUACGGGACCAAUAAGGUACUGAAUGUCUACGCUAGGUGCCGAGAUCUGGUUGCUGCUCUCAAGCUGUUCGAUGAAAUGCCGCACAGAGACACCGCUUCUUGGAACACCAUGAUUGCUGGCUACGUGAACUCUGGCAACUUCUGGAGUGCUUGGGAUUUCUUGAAAUCCAUGAAGCAGCAUGGGCUUGUGUUUGAUGUGUACACCUUUGGGAGCAUUCUUAAAGGUGUUGCCGCUAAUGCUGAUCUCUCUUUUGGGCUACUGGUGCAUGCGGAUGUUGUCAAGAUGGGGUGCGAUGGGAAUGUUUAUUCUGCAAGUGCUCUGAUAGAUAUGUAUGCCAAGUGUCGCAGGAUGGAGGAUGCAAAUAAAGUGUUUCUCCAUAUGCCCGAGCGCAACACUGUUUCGUGGAAUGCUUUACUAGCAGGAUAUGCGGUGACUGGUGACCGUGAGAAUUGUUUCCGGUUGUUGGAAGGAAUGGGGAGAGAGAAUGUGCAGUUGGACGAUGGCACAUUCUGUCCGAUUUUGGCCUUGUUAGACGAGCAGGUGUUUUACAAGCUUGCAAUGCAGCUUCAUGGAAGAAUCCUAAAAUCUGGUUUGGAUUUUGAAAAUGCAGUUUCUAAUGCUCUAAUUAGCACAUACGCUAACUGUGGAAGCAUUGAGAAUGCAGAGAAAGUGUUUGAUGGCGCCAACAGUUGUAGAGAUCUGAUCACUUGGAAUUCAUUGAUAGCAGCUUACGUAGAAUGUGAUCAAGGGAUGGAAGCAUAUAGGCUAUUCUUGGACAUGGGAAGACUUGGUUUGGAGCCAGAUAUAUAUACAUUUACUACUAUAAUUAGUGCUACUGAUGAAAUUCAUCCAAAAAGCCAUGGAAAAUGCUUGCACACUUUGGUUAUUAAGAGGGGAUUGGAAAAUGUAACAAGCAUUGCUAAUGCUUUAAUUUCCAUGUAUCUCAAAUCUAAUGGUAGUUAUAUUGAUGAUGCGCUGAAAGUUUUUGAAUUUUUGGAUGCAAAAGAUUCUAUAUCCUGGAAUACAAUUUUAACAGGAUUGUCCCAAAAUUCAUUAAAUGAAUUAUCCUUCAAGAUAUUUGAGGAAAUGAGGUCUCACAACAUUGAAAUGGAUCAAUAUGCCAUUACGGCCAUCCUUCGAUCUUGUUCAGAUUUGGCAAUAUCUCGAUUGGGUCAACAGAUUCAUGCCUUGAUAUUUAAAACAGGAGUCAAUGUAUAUGAAUAUGUCACUGGCACAUUGAUAUUCAUGUAUUCCAAGUGUGGACACAUUGACGAUGCAUGUAAAACCUUUGAAGAAUCACCAAAGGACAGUUCAAUCAUUUGGAACGCAAUUAUAUUUGCAUACGCACAACAUGGGAUGGGUAAAGUUGCACUUGAUCUUUUCUCUUCAAUGACAAAAUGGAAAGUCAAUCCAGAUCAUGUCACUUUUGUUGCUGUUUUGACUGCUUGUAGCCACAUUGGUCUGGUAGAAGAAGGUCGAAAUUUUCUGAAUUCUAUGGAAUCUGAUUAUGGGAUCCCACCAAGAAUGGAACAUUAUGCUUGUGCAAUAGACUUACUCGGGCGGGCUGGGCUUAUGAAGGAGGCAAAGGAGCUUAUUCGGGGUAUGCCGUUCCAACCGGAUUCAAUGGUUUUGAAAACACUACUUGGAGCCUGCAGAACAUGUGGCGAUAUUGAACUAGCCAGCGAGGUAGCACACCAUUUGUUGGAAUUGGAUCCUGGAGAACAUUGCAUAUAUGUUUUGAUCACCGACAUGUUUGGAAAGCAAAAGCUUUGGGAUGAAAUAGCUUCUGUAAAGAGGUUGAUGAAAGACAAGGGAGUGAAGAAGAUCCCUGUCCUUAUAGAUGAAAAUGGAUUGGUUUUCGAACAGAACUUAAAGACCAAGGUUGUACGGUACUUGCAAUGGAAAAAGGAAGAAAUUGAAAAAUUUAUGGGUGAUGUGGAACUUGGGCAACUCAAAGAUGGAGUUUCUUUUCCAAGCAAGUUCUAGGGAAAAUGCAUAAUGGACAAGUUUGUGGUCUUGGUUUUGGUGUUUAUGCCUCUAACAGAGUGUUUACUAGGGCUUGAUUCUAUGGGGCUUUGGACAAAAAUCUUCUGAGCUAAUCUUCAUCAAAGAAAGGGACAUCAUCAUCGCGAAAAGAGAUGGAUUCUUACGGAAAGUCUAUGAGACACUGUUUUCAUACCUCUGCAAUACUGUUUGUUGUUUCCUUUUGGGGAGGAUGGAUAUCAAGAAAAUACCACUAUAAGGGAAUCAUUUUGUGCAGAAAAAUGUAAAACGUCUGAGAAUAUCACUGGGAGAAUUUGUUGCAUUUGAAAUGCAAGAAUAAGAAAAUGAUGGUGGUAUU